AUGUGCGUGAUCUCUGCAUUGAACUUAUUGGAUGAUGGUACAUCUAUUGACGAUUUAUCUCAUAUUGGUCGAUUUUUUGGUGAAGCAACAAGACAUUGGUCUGAACGAGAAAUUGCUUGGGCAUUUUCUCAAUUAGAUUCACAUAUACAAUUAAAGAAAAAAAUUGAUCGUUUUUAUUCAUGUGAACAUGUCGGUAUUGAAAUUCAACUUGAACAUUCCAUACGUUUUUGUUUUCGUUUGGUUUAUUUUGAUUCAAUUCGAUUACAUGCACAUCGUGGUUGUUUAUUAAAUGUUAUUCUUUAUAAACAACCAAUUUGGUUUCAAGCUCGUCUUAUUUAUUUAUUAUUUGGACCUAUGUCAUUAAAUAAAAUUGAUUGGGAAAAAUUUUCACAUGAUCGAUUAAAUUCUUUUAUCUAUCCAAAUGUUGAUGAAGAACAAGCUUAUUUUGAUUUAAGUCGUGCUUUUAAUGUACUUAAUCGAUCAGUACAUGCUCAAAAAGCCUGGAAUAGUAAUAGUAAACUUGCUUUAUUAAAUGAACUUAUUGCACAACCACUUCCAUGGAAAUCUGAAUAUGUUGCUGAAUUAUUAUUCUAUUGUGGUAGAGAAUUAUUAACAAAUGUAUUAAUCGCUUUUGCUAUGAAAAAUUAUCAUAAAGAAUAUGCUCAAUUAAUUCAUUCAUUAUGUAUAGUUGCUCGUCAACGUAAAAUGUAUUAUGAAAUAAUUCAAACAGCUAUUGAAGAUUCAUUUGAACGUUGUACACUUGUUGCUCAACGAAAUUCAAUUAUUAUACAUUUACAAAAUGCAUUUCGUUGUAUGACAAGAAAUGUAAUUGCUGUUCUUGCUUCAUCAACAAUAACACAAACAGAUCAAUUACAUUAUUUACAACAACUUGAAGCAUUAGAUGCACAAAAAGCGUCACUAAUUUCAUUUCUUUUAACAAAUCAAUUUGAUCAAAAUAAUUAA